UUGGUGAAACUGAAUUCGAAUGGCAUACUGCAGGACCAAUCGGCUUUCAGAACUUUUCAAUGUAGGCUGUUCAAGUAUAAUAAUUAGCCAAUUAAAUUCAGACUUUGCAAUAAAACUGGCCAAUGGUCUGGGUUACUAUGGGGAGUAUCCAAUCAGAGUCAUGUGUAGGGUCUUUUAAAGAUAGUUCCAGGAAGUGCCGUUAAAUACCAGGAAGUUGUAAACAAAGCUGACAGCUAUUUAGUUAGCUGUUAACUACAUCUGAAUGGAUGUUGAGCCAGUCGUUUAAAACAGCCUAGUGAUUUGCUGAUAUCGUGUAUUUAUCAAUAAUACAACUAACCAUUUGCUUUUACACUGAGAUCGUUUCGCGGAAAAUAUUUUUCCGUGCGUUUGUUCUUCAAGCUAACAUUAGCUGCCUUCCGUUAUUUUCGUUUGGGGAAAGCUAACGUUUGCACAAGGACGUUAGGGCUAGCGAAAUUAACGUCAGAUCGAAUAUUGUUGUCCCUUAUUUAGCGGAUAGUGAACUAUUGUUACAUCAGUUCCAGACUUUAGUUUUUCUGCUGUAUUUGCUGUCUGGGAGCAGAAAGAGCGAGAGAGUUCGUCCGUUCUAACAGGACAACAAUGUCUACAUCCAACGCUAAUUUCAAAAACAAGUGUGUGACCCAGGUGAACUGCAUAUUUUGUGACAGUCUGCUCUGCACAAGAGGCAUGAAAGCAGUGCUUCUUGCAGAUACUGAGGUUGAGCUUUUUUCGACGGAUAUACCUCCCAAUAGAACUGUUGACUUUGUGGCCAGCUGCUACUCCACUGAAAGCUGCAAGUGCAAACUGAGAGACAUCGCUUGUCUCAAGUGUGGUAAUGUUGUAGGCUAUCAUGUUGUGGCCCCCUGCAAACCCUGCCUGCUUUCCUGCAACAACGGCCAUUUCUGGAUGUUCAAUAGCGAUGCCGUAUCUACACUCAACAGACUGGAUGCAACAGGUCUGAAUCUUCUGCUGUGGGGAGAUCUUCCCGAGCUGGAUGACAGUGAGAACGAAGAGUCAGAAAGCCCAUCAGAGGAGGAGUGUAUUAGGUAGAGAGGGAAAUGGACAAUGUGAGAGACCUGGAACGCCAGCAUAUGAGAGGUGGAGCUACAAGAGGUGGUGGUUGAGUGUACAAACCAUGCUUGAGAUAAGAGAGAAAAGAGAAGCCUUAAAGGGUAAUUUAAUACUGGAUCAAACAGGGCAGAAAAGUGCUGCUUCACUGCUCGGCAUGGGUUAAAAGCUUCAACCCAUGGUGCGCACAUGGACACACCCCAGUCAGUGAUGUCACAGCAGAAAUUUUGUCUUUGACAGCUGAUGGUGAACACCUGCUGUAAUCUAACUGACUGACUUGUGGCCAGAAACACAACAUGGUUCAAAAAUUUAUACCUGCAGAGAUGAGCAGUGCAGCAAAAGUUAUCGUUCCUCUGUGAUUUAGUGUUGAAUUACCCUUUAAACUAUGACCAUGCCUUUCCUCAUCACCUUUUCACUGUUAAAAGCACAGACACACUCAUACUAUCCCACAUAUUCUUUCCUCUCUUUUUUUUUUUUUUGUACGUGGGCUUUUCUAAAACAUGUGGCUGAAGUGAAGUGAAAAUAGACUCAUUUAUUCUAGUGUAUUCUACUCACAGAGUCUCCACUGAGCUCAUUGUUUUGAUUGGCCUCGUGAGAAGUUGGGAGUUUGGUGUGACAAGACAGCGUGACUUAACCAGUGAAUGCUGUGCUUUUUCAAGCUGCUUACAUUAAGUCCAGUUUUCUUAUAAGAUGACCACAGUUAGCCUGCCUGCUGUUUUUCAUGGCAGUUAUAAUCUGUACAUUGAAUAUGCUGUAAUAAGCAGACACUCCCAUUAACAGUCAUGUCUUAAAGGCUUAUAUGCUGUCUUUGUGGCUGGGUGCUGAGUGAAAGCUGGAGUGCUUUUUGAAUCCCAUGUGUUGGAGAAAUAGCACAACUAUUGAAUGAUGUAUAUCUUUGAGUUUCUUGUUUUUCAAGGGCAUAUUUGAUUUUGGUUACCUCACGAUCUGACGUUCUAUCAGUGAUACUUUUUGAUAUGCUAAUACAGUGUUCAUCACAUGCCAGACACAGCAGCAGUGUGUGCUUAGAGCCCAGAUGAAUCUCACUGUAGCAAUCUCUGAUACUAACAUUCUGACUUGCAUAGGGUGCGCUUCCAAACAAAGGCCCGGAGCAGCUGAAGCUCAACAGUUAGAGUGUGUGUUCAGAUCUCAGAUAGAGUGAUAAAUUCCCAGAUUGCUCAUACAGGAUAAGACUGAAUGGGGAACUAACAAAUGGUGCACUUGUUCAGCACUCCACGGGUGGAGUGGAUUUCCGUGUCCAUGCUAUGUUUUUGUUAUAUUAUCAUAUUCAGUUUAUGUAGCCGCAAAAUUGUAGCACCUGAAGAGAAGAAAACUCCAAAGAAUCGUGGAACAUAUCAAUGUUGAACUUAUAAACUGACUAAAAAGGAGUUAUCUCAUUUUGUGCCACUUUAUUGAAUUUCAUAUUGUUAAGUUGAAGUCAUUGGUGGUGGCCAAAAAAAACUUUCAACCUUCAGUAAUCUGUUGGCCUUAUUGAUGUUGUGGUCGCUGGAAGUCCACAUCUUUAUUAAGAUGUGGACUCGAGGGGGUUAAUGCUGCAUGUGCAGUUGGUCAUCACCCGCCGACCGGGGCCUGUCCUCAGCCUGUUGUGCCAGACGCAAGCUUCAACAUCUUCCAGUCACGAGGGGCUUGACUCAAGUCGGUCCUUUUUUGGCAGUGACAUCCUUCUGUUCGUCAUUGUUUCACUGCUGUGCCCUGCUGAUGAUACGAUCCUGUCUCAAACUAACAGGCUUUCUGUGGCUGAAUGAGACCUGUAUUGUGGGCAGACAUUGAUGAAGGAAGCUAACACAGAAUGUCACUUCUUACCUGAAGGAAAAGAAUAAAGAAAAUAUGUCCUUUUUUAAACUUUUAAAUGGCCUCUAUGUUUAUCUAUGCUGUAGCCUCUAGUUGUUGACAAAUACACAUAGAGGAGGAAAACUUUGUCCACAUCUUUCAUCUUAAAAGUUAGAACUGACUGAGUCUGCUACACUUGCACACCAAAUACUGUCUAUGUGGUAACUGAUACAGUGCAUCAGCUAGGUAUUUGUUAAACUCACAAACCAAAUAUCUAUAACCACAUACUUCCUUUCUGUUUACAAGCUUUGUUUACAAAUGCAUUGGUUUGUACUGUAUCAUGCUAUGGUACUGUUUUUGUUCAUGUAUUUAAUAUUUCAUUUUGUGAUGUAGUGCUUUGUUUUUGUACGUUAAAGGUUGGAUGUGUACAGUUUUACCUCAAGAAGGUAUCACUUGUGAGCUUCCUCUGGCUAGGACAAUUGUCAGAUGAUAAUCAAAAGAAUUAUUUAAAUGGCUGUUGCUGAUGUGAAUAACUUUGAUUAACAUGCCCUGCUGAAAAAAAAUGUAUAUUUUGGAAUUGCACUGAAACUGCAUUGUUAGUUUGAAAAGAUGAUUGUUGUUUUGUAUGCUUGUUAAAUUAAUAAACUUUUUUUUUUCAGAAUAUCAUAAA